AAAAAAAUCUUGCACACAACACCCAUUGAUGCAUGUAGAAAUGAACUUCAGAUGCGUUCAUUGUCCAGCAGUUGCUGCCGGACCACUUCCACAAGUCCCCCCAAAGUUUAGGAUCCGGGCCUUUCUGGAUGUCGUCCCAUGCUAACUGUCAUGAGGCAACACACUCACGAAUUUACUUCUCGUGGGAUAUUCGAGGAUUCUCUGCAUAUUUUAAUAUUCUUAUAUUAUGAUGAGUCGUCAUAAGAUGGUCUGGUAUAUGAAAGGAUACGGCCCCUUUUAUAUAAUAAGUCUAUAAAAAUGGACACAAAGACUUGCCAUAGGUUGCCGUUAAGAAAUUACGAAUGAUGUGUAAAACAUUGUGGGAAUUAUUAAGGAUGCUCAGAUUUCCGCCGUUAACACUUGCUCCACUACUUCGAUGACAGCUGGUUCCGUCUGCCCUUGAUCUUCUUGAAGAAAAGAUGCUCUGAUGGACAGUGAUUGCGUCAUACGUUGGAAAUUGAAUUCUAGUAACACUUUCUAAAUUUUCACGUCAGUCAUAUCUUUUGAUUAAGGAAAAUGUGCACUUAGUCACUUAUAUGAAAAACAAGUCAUAAUGUAGUAUGAACGACUAGACUUCAGUUAUUUUAUAUCCUAAAGUGAUAACUUUAAAAAUCAGGAUCUGUGCGACUGUGUGCUUGUUCUGGGAUUCACAUAAUUCUGCACCCGUUAGUCCUAUCUAAGCAAUAUCUGGGCAAGCAGAAAUUACCUCCAAAUCAAACUUGCAGCUGAACGAAAUGAGUGGGUGAGUCUGAUGGAACGAAGGGUUGGUUGUCUGUCCUGAAAUGGCGGUGAUGUAAGAUUGUCUACCAUUCUUCACCUCACCUUGCGGAGCCCGUCUGCGUUAUCUACUGGCUCAAGUUGUCCUCUGAACGGUUUCGUGUUUAUUAUCGCCAGGUGUUCAAAAGUGUAAUCAUAUCAGUGUUUUAUCCUAGAAAGUGCAAAUGAUAAAGCAAGUGUUUAGAAUAACGAUGUAGCAAGUGAGUGUUUCCAUCGAAAACCAUAGACCGGCGGGCUACCGCUGCGUUAUGGUCAACCAUGAUCAACCGACCAGACCACGCGAAGUGGAUCAACGGCCUUCCCAGGCACGAUCCUAGUAUGUCACGUGAACGAUCCGUCAAAGACCGGGAGCGGCAGAAGCAGCUGGCGCGGGAGAUGCGGGAGUCUCAGGCCGCGUCUGCGGUGCCAAUCCAGGACCGGGAGACACAGCCCGUGGUGUUCGACGUGGUCCGGCGGUCUCCCAACACCAAAGUCAUUAACAACGAUGUGGAGCGGGUCCUGGGCAAGUAUGAUACCUUUACGAAGGUGGGUGGAAACCGAAUGAAUAUGGUGGGUGUUGAUCAGCAGCCACCCACACCCGCCCCAGCACGACAACCCAUCCAUGAUCCUGACAACUAUCCCUCGCCACCGCCACAGCCUUCAGGGCCAGGACCAGGGUCGACCUCAGGCUCCUCUAAGUCACAACGAUCCUUGCCGCCGCCGCCGCCGCCACAGUCAGCCCACAAUGGCACGACGCGCCCGCCCAAGUCCCUCCUUUCCCUUAAGCCCCCUCACCCGCCCUCGCAUCACGCCCACCCUAAGAAUGGCGAGGUCAAGGGGAACCUGAAGAGCGGACCAGGGCCAGGGCCUGGGGAGGGUGGAGGCAGGGGUACGUCAGGUUCAGCCAUUCACAAGCCUAGUCUGCCCCACCUCAAGGUCGGGGGUCUGGAUGGCAUGCCCGUGGACACUGCAAUCCAGCAAAUCAUGUCGGAGAUGUCCAUCAAGAAGCCGGUCUCCGCCAUCAUCAAGACUCCCCACCAUGACUCCAACUUCCAAUUCCCCAUUACGCCCAUCAAGGAUCCCAUAUCAGCCAAGGAGAGCUCAAGCCUGAGCAGGUCACGUCGGGACCCCGUCGAACUUCCACACAAAAUGGGCAACACAGUCGAGCUGUCACGUCAAAGGCAGGCAAAACAGCCUGAUGGAAGUAAUAUUGAUGAUGACCUCGGACUCUCGGAGGAUAGUGAGGAGGAUGAGGAACGGGAAAGACCAGUAACAGAUGUAAGACUAUCGGCUGUUACACACGGAGGGAUACAUGCAGGCCAAGUGCAGUCUGCAGUGAUCUUAUCCAGUAACGCAAAGCCACCACUCUCACCAAUUUCACCAAAGACAUCGGAGGAGUCGUCCACGUCGGAUGAAUCAAGUGAUGAUUCAGAUGUGUCUUCCAACAAUACGUCUGAUGAAGAACGCCCAGACUCCCCUUCAGCUUCUCCAAAGCCUCAAGAAGAUAAAUCUCCUAAUACAUGGAAACUUAGAAAUUUUAUUCCACAAAGGAAACCCAGCUCUCCAAUUUCCCAUGGGACUGCAGCACCUGGACCCAUAUCUGGCCAGCAGCCUGAGGAUGUCCGUUCAAUGCCUGUUCCACCUACUCUUCCAUCAAAAGGGAAACGCUAUACUAAUAAGGCUGCUGCUCCUUCAAGUUCCUCCCACCGUGAAUCUCGCUCGGCCGCAGAACAGAGAGUGCAGUCUAAGCCUGAAAAUAAUGGCCACUACUCUGACAGCUCUGGUGAGGGUGAGAGUCACCAUCGCCCCACUCCCCGUGCCACUGCAUUAUCGCAGAUUUCAAAGUCCAAAGCUGGGUUAUCUAGGAUGAGGGUGUCAAAUGGACCUCAACUCAGCUCAGACAGUGAAGAUGAGCAGGAGUCUUUUUCUUCAUGGAAAGUUGGAUCAACUCAGUCCCUAAAUGGUUCAAAUAUUUCUGGAAAGGGUGUGUCAAAAAUUCCAGAAAAACCUGCCAAAUCCAUAGUUCCCCCCAUGUCUAGUGAGACAGGUAGAAGAAACUCAAAGAAGAAUCCUGACUUAAAGAAAGAUAAUCAGGUUGGUGCCAAAUCUGAAAGUGUAAAAUCAAAACGUACCAGCAAAUCACAAAUACAAACUGAUAGUGAUGACAGCAUUAUAGAUGUAGUGACUACUACCCCUGAAAAGGUGCAGUCUAGAGGUACUCCAACUUCACAACGUACUCCAUCAAGAACACCCAAAGAUUUCCCAAAGGUUAUUCCCAGUCCUGUGAAGUCAGUCCAGGCCAGCCCUCAUGCAUCUCCCAGGACUUCAGUCUGUGUAUCUAGUAAAAAUAGUGCAAAGAGAUCCAGUAGUGCAAGACUCAGUGAAUCCCAGAGCUCUGAAUCCUUAGUGAGUAAAAGUGACGAUGAAAUUCAGCCUCACACUGGCCAUAGUCAGAGUAGUUCUCAGAAGCUUGACCAAGCCAGGGACAAAGGGGGAAAGGUGAACCGAACAUUUAGCACUUUAUCCAAAAAAGAUAAGAUGGGAAGGGACAAAGACCCUUCAGAUAGUAGAAAAACAAAAAAUUGUGAUACAAGGAAAGGUAGUGGUGGUAAUAAAGACAGCAUUGAAAGGAGUAAAACCGAUAGAAGCAGAACAGUGAGUGAGCCCAGCCCAGCAGAUAGCAGAAAUGAGGGAAGGCCAGGUGCCUCUCCUCUAGUUAUUAAUAAGCUUUGUGAGUCUCCUAUAGUUAGUGCAGAACCAAAAGUGCCCAUACCCCAAAUACAGUAUGAAAAUGGUGUAGCAAGACUUACUUGUACAAUUCCCCUUAGCUUUAUUGAUAAAGUGCCCAAACACAGUGAAAACAGUGCAUCAAGUAUAUCCAAAACUGAUAUUAAACAAGAAGUAGACACAAAAGAUAUACUUGAUAAUAGAACUAGAGAAGGAAAAGGUAAAAGAAAAACAUGUGAUCCUAAUACUAAAGCAUCAUGUAAUGAAGAUAAGUCAAAGUCUAUAAUUUUAACGUCCAUAUUUAAAUACAAAACUGAACAAGAGAAAGUUAAAAAGGAAACAAAAACUGAACCAGUCAAUAGUGAUGAAGAAGAUUCAGAAAAAGUUGACAUCAAGCUUUCUCACAAAAUUAAAGAGGAACCUGAUGACACACCAUUGGUCAGACCUGGUAGUGUCAGACAGCGUAAUGUCUCAGCCAGUCCAAUGUCAUCUAUUGCAUCAGAUAGUUCUACUUCUCGUCAACAUCAGAAGAAGAGAAAGAAAGAUAAACAGCCAGAAAAAUCUCCAGCUUCUCGAGACAGGAAGAGGGCACACAGUAAUAGUGAACGUAUCCCAUCUGAACAUGGAAGUGUACCUCCAACUGACAACAGUUCCAGUGAUGCCCGUAGAAGCAGGCGAGACACAAGUGUCGAGAGUGAACGCAGUACCAUCACGCGUAAAAGAGAGCAUGAACGGGAUAGCAGUUUGGAGAGUACUAAGAGCAGCUCGCGCAGUACCAGUGAAUCAACGGAGAAGCGUAGCAAAAAGGCUAGACUGUCAAAGGGGACUAAUGAUGCAGCUGAUGUUCCUAUGAACAGUCCAGAUGUAAGAUCAGCAAACCAGCAGAUAGUUGAUAAUAGCCAGAAUGCAUGGCCACAAGAAGAAGACAUACAGCAAUCCAAAUACACUCAAAGAUCAAAGCAUUCUCAACAUUCUAGUCAGGAUUAUAAGAGCUUACCAGAAGAUUCUGGAAGAAAUCAAACUACAGAGUUUGGUGAAGAAGAGGAGAGUGUUACAAAUGCCAGUCAAGCAAAUCAGCUGGCUUUUAGUGGCAAGGAAAAAGGUGAAGCAAAUGGUGCAACAGCAAGCACAGAGACGUCUGGUUACCAGCCAAGACCCACAUCAGAACAUGAAUCCAAUGUCAACAGUGCACUAUAUAGGUCAGCUAAUGACCAAACAGGGACGACUCAGGCAGGGGCAGUGGAUUCCGCAACAUCUGUAGCUCAUUUAGAAAGCAGUGCAUCUAUGGUACCACCUGUUACUCAUAGAUUGUCAGCUGCAACCACAGUAGUUGGAUCUGGGGCUGUACACCCUUCUCUUGCUACUGGUCGGCCAGCUGUAGACCAAACUGUAGGGCAUGGGAACUAUGCGAACCCUCAUGAGAGACAUUAUGGCUCUUAUCCUGAAAGAUUUCCAGAAGUUAAUAGGGAUUACACAUGCUACCUGAACAAAGCAAAGGAGCUAAAGCACAUAGCUGAUGGGGAAGCUGACCGUUCUAUGCAGGCCAUGAAGUACCUAGAGGCUGCCCUCUAUUUCAUACUGAGUGGCAGGGCAAUGGAAAAUGACCAUGACACCUCUGCACCACUCACAAUGUACAAGGAUACACUGAAUUUUAUCAAGUGGGUAUCAUCUGUAUUUAGAAGAGAAAAUCAAGAGGGAACCAUUAAUUUAAAAUUAGCUGUUAUUAGUUUAAGAUGUCAGAGUCUGCUGUCACUUAAAAUCUACAAGAUGCGCAGAAAUGAGCACAAGGAAAAUCAGCGACAACUGAAUAGAUAUUUCCAGACUGCUGCAAGGGCUGGAGGAGUGGAUGGUCAUGGUAACAAUGGAAAUGGAAACGGCACAAACUGGGGCGGCCAACGGGCAACAGGAUCUCCAUCUCAUUUGUCACAGACACCCUCACCUGCUGGUUCAGUAGGAUCAGAAGGUUCACAGUCCUCAGGCUACACAACAAGUACAGAGGGUACAAGACAAAGGAGUGGAUCUGCUCCUGUAGGCCACACCCCACCUCAUCCACAGCCUCCCCAUGGGCCAAUUCAGACAGUUCCUGUACCUGUCAGUAUUCAUGCUCUCAUCAUCAAACAGAACCAGUUGUCUGGCCACCUUGCCUCAGCCCAUGAUAUGUGGAUAGAAGCAGACCAUUAUGUCUACAUGCACAACAUGGAAGAUUUUUUCUCAGAUCUUGAUCGUCAGGCAGGCCGAUUAACCCUCCACUCUUCUCUGUAUGAACUUGUGUGCUAUGUAAUGUUUGGCCUGGAUCGCCUCAGGGGUUAGCCACUUUGGCUGCUGCCUAAAUUUAGGUUCUGCCCACAGAAUGCUUCACACCCAGGCACUGCACUGUUAAAGCCAAGCAGUAAGCAUAAGAGAACCUGGAGUGGAGAUAGUACAACAAAAAAGAAAUUAUUUACUCAACUGCAGUGGGUAAUGGGACCUCUGUUGUAGCAAGAAGCCUCAAAACCUGCACAGCUCACAUUGCCUUGUCAUCAAUAGAGUGGAUGGAUGCUGGUUUAAGCAGCAUUUACCCACAGGAUCUAGAUACUCAAGAAAAAAUCAAUUUUAAGUUUUUGAAGGAAUAUAUAGUGCAAUCUGGCUUUGUAAAAUUUCCAUAGGUUGUUUUAAGAUCUCAUAGAAAAAGAAAAAAUAUGGGGAAGAAAAUAAAACAGCUGCUUUUGGGCAGUCAUUUAACAAGGCUAACAUUCUAUGAAGUUAGUAAGUGCAGUGUCAGGGGCCCAAGAACCCAAAGUUUGGCUUCCUGGUGUGACAACUGUGAUGCCUUAUCAUUAAAUUUAGUUAUGGAUGGUUUUAUACAGAUAGUAUCUUUUUUCUCACUUUUAUUUUUUGUGUUAUAUUUCCCACCCAAAAUGUACAAAUUUGCUGAGAGGUCCAUGUGUGUGAAGACAAUGCCUUUGUGUGCUCUUAUGAAGAAGUGCAUUCAUGGCCAACCUCCUGACAAGUGCUCCAAACAACUCUCUACUGAUUAUGGUACUUGAGAGUAGCUUUAUAUACUGAUUAUGGCCAGCUUAGUUUCUCGGAAGUCAGUCAUGACACUUAAGUGAGAUAUCAAGAAUUGUUCUUCAACUUCUAGAAAUCUCUCUUUUUUAGCUGUUUAGCUCUAGACUGUUCUGCACAUUGUUCAUUUGGAACAAAAUUGAGAAGGAUUCACACUCACUGUACUAGGCCGGCAGUGAAGCAACUUAGAAUGGUGCCAGUUUGAGAUACCAGCUGAGGUGAAGUCAGUGAUGAAAAAAUAGUUUCUACACCUCUCAGGAAAGCAUUAAUGGCAAUAAUGCAGAAAAUAUAAAAGGUUUGUCAAACAUGCCAGAUGCUGAGUGAGUGGUAAAUGAAAAUAAUAGGGUUACUUGGCAGCAGUUUAAGGCCAAGGGUUGUGCUAUUGAAAGGUUGCCUUGAACCUCCAUGCCAAUAUGCACCUGCCUGUUUCAACUGGCCUUUUGGCAACUUAAUUAAUAUAUUGUGGCAUGUAACUGAGCACACACUCCCUGCCAGAUGUAUAUUUUUGUACAUAUUUUGAGAUUUAAUAAUGGUACUGACCAUAACUAUGUUACUGAUAUAGUACUUUGUACUGGGCUUUAAUUCCCAUGAAAAGUGAACUUUUGUAAGUGACGAAAGUUGAUAAUGACAAGUGUAUGGCAAUGUUUUGAAUUAUUUUGUCCUCUUUGGACAAUAUUGUUAAGUAUACUUAAUUUUAUCGAUGCUCAUGUGCCGUUAUAGAUAUGAUAUGAAGUUGAUAUUUGUAUUUGUAAUCUUAAAUUAUUUUCAAACCAAGAA